AUGACUUUUGCAUCUAAACAUCAGUUUAGAGAGGUUGUGCAAAAUUAUGCUUUCAAUAAUGGCAAAGAGAUUAAAACUCUGAAAAAUGACAAGGAGAGGGUGAUUGUUAAAUGUACACAGGAGGGGUGUCCUUGGAGAAUAGGGUUGAGGAAAGUACUUGGUUCAAUGUCAUGGAGGAUUUUGAAUAUGACAGAUGAACAUGAAGGGUGUUCUUGGGUAUGGGAAAAUGGUAUGGUUAAGUCUUCUGUGGUGGCUAAAAGGUGGUCAACUCAAUUGCAAGACUAUCCUAAUUGGUUGAUGAGGAAGUUCAAGGACAAGGUGUGCAGUCAGGAGGGUUUUUAUGUUAGCAAUUCACAAGCCUAUAGGGCUAUUUGGAAGGCAAAGAAGCUAAGGCAAGGUAAAGUGGAAGAUACAUUUAAGAAGAUAUGGAGUUAUAAGGCAGAAAUAGAAAGAACAAACCCCAAGACAACCUGUCCUGUGAAACUCAGUGACUUAAGUGAUGAAAGUGGCAAUUCCAGGUUUUUGAGAAUUAUAUUUCCACUUGCAUAUGCUAUUGUGGAAGGGGAGAAAAAGGAAUCUUGGACAUGGUUUCUAGAACUUCUGAAAACUGAUUUGGAAAUAAAUAGAGGUGUUGAGGAUGAAUAUUGCUUCAUUAGUGAUAAACAGAAAGGGUUGAUUCCUGCAUUUGAGAGUGAGCUACCUGGUGUGGAGAAUAGAUUCUGUGUGAGGAACCUUCAUGCAAAUAUGAAGGUUGCAGGUUUCCAAGGAAAGGCCCUUAAGGACUGCCUGUGGGCUUGUGCUAGGGCAACCACUUUGAAUGCAUUCAAUGUUGAGUUAAGUAAACUUAGGGGCUUAGAUGAAGAUGCAUACCAAUGGCUUGGUGAUAAGAGUCCAACAGAGUGGUCUAGAUCUCACUUUUCUACACACUCUCACUGUGACAUGUUGGUUAAUAACAUCUGUGAGUCAUGGAAUGGAUCUAUAAGGGAUGCAAGGGACAAACCAAUUAUUGAAUGUCUUGAAACACUUAGGAAAAUGUUGAUGGGCAAAUUCUUUGAGAAAAAACAAAAAGCAGUAGAGUGGAAAGCCUUGCUAUGUCCUGCAAUUGUGAGAAAGCUGAAGAAAAUUGAGAAGGAUGCAGCAAAAUACCUUGCAACACAAUGUGAUUUCCAUAAGUUUGAAGUAAGCCAUUUAUAUGGGGAUCAACAAGAGGUUGAUCUGGAGGCAAAAAAGUGUUCUUGUAGGGUUUGGGACCUAACUGGCAUUCCAUGCAAACAUGCCAUUUGUGCUAUAUGGAAAAAGUAUGGAAAGGGUUCAGUUACUGACUUUGUUCAUCCCUGCUACUCCAAAGAGACAUACUUGAAGGUAUAUGCUGGUUGUAUUAACCCUAUGACAGGUCCAGAUGAAUGGCCACAAUGUGACAGAACCCCACCAUUGCCUCCUUUGUAUACUGCCAAGGUUGGGAGGCCCAAAAAGCUAAGGGCAAGGUCAGCUGGUGAAUUGACAAUAGAUGGAAAUUGA